AUGAAAUUCGCCGCUGUCGUCGCUUUAUUACCAGCCGUUAUGGUCUUGGCUAAACCUGAACCUACUCCUGCACCACCCAGUAUUCAAGUAGGUAAAGGAGCUGUUGAACGUGCUGCAGUAGAGGAAAGACAACUCGAUGCUAGACAGGUCGGAUCCAUCCUUUCUGAGGCUACCGCAGGCGCUGCAAGUAUUGUUGGUCAAGCUACUGGAGGCGUUGGAAGUAUUGUCGGUCAAGCUACCAGCGCAGCUGGUACCGGUGCUGUAGGAUCGGCAAUUGCUAGUGUUGCUGGACAAGCUACUUCUGGCGCUGGAAGUGUGGCCGGAGCAGCAACAAGUGCAGCUGGAGCAGCCACCUCUGGUGCUGCCUCGGUUGCCGGACAAGCUACUUCUGCCGGUGGAGCUGCUACUUCCGCUGCUGGAUCAGCCGCUGCUGCAGGAACCUCAGGUGCAGCAAGUGCUGCUGGUGGUGCUACAAGUGCUGCUGGAUCAGCUGCUGCCGGCGCUUCAAGUGCUGCUGCAUCGGCCGCGUCUUCCGGUGAACUCGUUUACGCUGCAGGUAUCUGGACUGCUUUCUUAGGUGGUGCAGCCGCUAUUGGAGCCGCUAGAGUUUUGGCUUAA